AUGGAGAAUGGCACUGCUACCCAGAUGCCUAAGCAGAGCAUUGAUAUGCCAAGCAUGCCACCACCAGAGUCAUCUUCUCAUUAUGUGCCUGUCAAGCUUGAAGAGCAUGAACCUCCGGGUCUCAGUGUCAAGAAGCUCAUCAAGAAAGCCAGGGAGAAUUCUGGGUGCAACCGACGAAGUGUCCUUGGUGUCUUCAUUAAGCUGUUUCCUGUUGUAGAGUGGCUUCCCCGCUACAGUAUCAAGGAACAACUGCUUGGGGACAUCAUCUCCGGCCUCCUGGUUGGAAUAGUUGGCAUCCCUCAGUCCAUCUCCUACUCCCUCCUUGCAAGUCAGGAUCCCAUUUACGGACUCUACACAAACUUCUUCUCUGUCAUUAUCUACUUUGCCAUGGCUACCUCACGCCACAAUUGCAUUGGGACUUUCGGAGUCCUUUGCCUGAUGAUCGGGGAAUCAGUAAACCGGCAACUGACGUUAGCAGGAUACCAGUUAGAGACUGACAUACCAGUGAAUGCCACAUUGAAUGGGACAGUUGUCUGUGACAAAAGUUGCUAUGCUAUCACUGUGGCAACUGCUUUAACUUUUUUGGUUGGGCUUUACCAGGUAAGAUAACUUCCUGAUCCUUAACACAAGUGCUCUCUUAAUGUUUCGGGUGCUUAAAUGCUAUAUUCAAACCUGCCAACACAGUUAUUGCUGCAGCUGCAAAAGGAGCAAGUGAAAAAAAGAAGCUGUGCUACUGUCAUGGCUAAUGGUGAGCCUGACCCCUGAGAAACUGUUGGAGAAUUCCUUCAUCUCUUGAAGAAAUUUGGUGAAAUGAUCCUAUCACUCCCCCCCUCCCUCCGAUUUCUGUGGCUAAGAGAGGCCACUUGCAUACAGCUCUGGUUGGAAUUAGAUACGAAGUUACAAAGAGAAUGGCUUCCUUUAUUAUAGUUUCUGAGUGAUCACAGAUGUGGAUCUAGUUUGCACAUGGCAAUAGCAUCAGGUGAUAACUUUCCUGUAAGAUAGAUCAAACACCACAGGCCAAGUGGGCACAUCAGCUCGCAUUACUCUAAGCUCAAGUGCUUUACAAUGGGGUCACUUCACACAUUAAGCUGGGGCAGGUGUUAAGCAUGCAAGUGUUUUACAUGUAUAUGCAUGAACCAGAAUACAAGAACAGGAGAUUUUCUCACAACAAGCAGAGAGUAACAGAGAACAAAUGCAAGUGCUGAUAGUUUGCUUCUUGCACCUUCACCCAGUCAGAUUAAUCAAUGCAACUUGCUUUCCCUUUCAGAUCCUUCUAGGGGUCUUCCAACUGGGCUUCAUAUCCGUAUAUCUUUCGGAACCUCUCCUGAGUGGCUUUGUGACUGGAUCCUCCCUUACCAUCCUCACUUCCCAAAUGAGUCUUCUGCUGGGACUGAAAAUCCCUCGCCACGAUGGAGUGGGCUCUCUUAUCUUCACGUGGGUUGACCUAUUCAGAUAUAUUGGCAACACCAACAUCUGUGACCUAGUCACCAGCCUGAUUGCUCUGGUCCUCAUUGUGCCAGUGAAGGAGAUCAACAACUACUUUAGAGACAAAAUGAAGGCUCCUUUCCCCAUGGAGCUUCUGGUGGUCAUUGCGGCGACCCUGCUUUCGUAUUUCUUCAACUUCAACAAGAGAUACAAAUCUAAAAUAUGUGGCUCCAUUCCCACUGGUUUCAAGCAACCUGCUGUACCGGAUCUGAGCCUUCUUUCAAACCUGGCAGUUGAUGCUCUGCCCAUUGCCAUCAUCGGCUUUGCCAUGACUAUCUCGCUGGCAGAAAUAUUUGGCAAGAAGCAUGGCUACCCAGUUCGGGCCAACCAAGAAAUGAUUGCCAUUGGCAUGGCGAACUUCGUACCAUCUUUCUUCUGCUGCUUUGUCUCUAGUGCAGCCUUGACAAAGACCCUGCUGAAGGAAUCCACCGGGUGCUGUACCCAGAUCUCAAGCCUGGUAUCUGCGUUUGUGCUGCUCCUGGUGUUGUUGUGGAUUGCCCCUCUCUUCUACUCACUGCAAACCUGCAUCCUGGGGGUGAUCACCAUCGUCAACCUCAGGGGGGCCUUGCGGAAAUUUGCCGACACCCCGAAGAUGUGGCGGAUCAGCAAGAUAGACACCGUGAUCUGGUGGGUCACCAUGCUGUCCUCAUUACUUGUCACUACAGAGCUGGGCCUCCUCAUAGGCGUCUGCUUCUCCCUCCUCUGCAUCAUCUUCCGCACCCAGAGGCCCCGAGCCACGCUCCUCGGCAAGGUGAACGACUCUGAAAUCUACGAGGACCAGUUCACUUACAAAGAGAUCAGCAGCAUUGCAAAUAUCAAGAUCUUCCGUUUUGACACCUCCCUUUACUACGCAAACAAGGACUACUUCAAAAGUUCACUUUUCCAGAAAACAGGAGUGAAUCCUUCGCUGGUUGCUGCCCUGCGGCGAAAGGCUGAAGCGAAAGCAAACCUGGGCAAGAACGAAAGCUGCUUUUCUUCUAAGUUUAACUGCCUGAAGGGCACCAAGAGAGACGCUGCCAAGGUUUCGGUUUCAGAUGCUCCUGGCCCAGCCAUAGACAUGCACACUUUAAUCCUUGACUGCGGCGCCAUGCAGUUUGUAGACAGCGUGGGCCUCAGUGUGCUGAAGGAGACUCGCCAGGACUACCAGAAGAUUGGCAUCCAGGUCCUGCUGGCCAACUGCAACCCAUCCGUGCGGCAUCUACUCCAGGCAGGUGGUUGGCUUACUGGGAUGGAGGAUACGGAGCUGCUGUCCUUCCACAGUAUACAUGCCGCUGUGCAGUUUGCAGAGAAACAGCACCAAACUCAACAGAUGGGCAGCAAAGUGACAGGGGAUGCUUUCCUUAGUCCUGAAGAAGACAAUGAGACCUCAAUAACACCCAGUCUGGAGGGGCAACUGUAG